GAAAUGUGAGCUAAGGUCACGGGAUAGCCUGCUCUUCCGGGGAAGAAGUGUGGCGUGGUGACUAGAAAUUGAAUUAAGCGGUAACAUUCUGAAGAAUACGCCAUACAGGCUAUUUUAAUUUACAAGGCUGCAGGCCUAUUGUGUUUGGUCCAGUACACCCCCUCGCUUCAAAAACGGUUUGAACUACGAUUUACACUUGAGAAGAGCCUCCUAACUAUUUUGAUGAGAAUAAUCUAUUCACUCCAGCGUAACUUGUCAAUUCUUAUUCAGAAGAUACUUGCAGAAUAUCACAAGGUUCAAAAUGAGUACUUCUGGAGCCAAGUCUAAAGAACAGUUCUGUAAGAUUUGCAAGGUAACAUGUAACACUAUUUCUCAACUUCAGUUCCAUGUGAUGGGUGGCAAACACAAAAAGAAAGAAGAGGAACUUGGUUUGACUGCGAGUAAGAAAAUAAUUCCAACAAGUAAAAAAUCGAAGAGCCUCCAGCAGUAUUUUAAAAAUUCAUCUCUUGGAGAACCAGUAGUUGGUCUCCAGUAUGUUGUCGAGUACCGUAACCGCAAUCCACUAAUUCCUGACAAAUACCUUUGUAAAUUGUGUGAUGUUCGUUCGGCGCAGGUUGGAAUGAUAUCCCACAUUACUGGUUGGAAACAUCGCUUUAAUUAUUUGAAAAAGAAACAUCCAGAAAUGCUUCCAUUAGAUAAUACAAAUGCCAAAGUGAAAUUGCAUCCUCUUAUAAAGGAAAAGGCUCAGCUUUUAGAGAAAAAGGAUGGAAAAGGUAAAGUCCAGGUGGUGAUAGAAGAAACUGUGGAUGAGAAAGCAUCUACAGCUGCAAAGUCUGACCACAUUGAUCCUCAAAUGUCAGUAAGAUCACAUAUGGAUAUGCCCUUGGAUAUGAGGGAGUUUGAAGCUCCUUUCCAAGGUAGAGGAUUUCCCAAAGACGUUGUAUAUGGCCAGCCCUUUGACACUUUUUCAAGUGGACAAUCCAUUGACCGCUUUCCAGGAGACAGAUUUUCGGAUUUAUCAAGUAACAGAUUCCAUGAUGAUGAACAUGACAGAGUAGGCAGACUGGAUUUUGACGCCAGACGUGUAGGCAGACGUGUAGGAAUUAGAAGCAAAUAUGAUACACUGGUUGGGACCUCUGGGCCAGAUUGCACGCAGGAUAUGUUUUCUGGACCCUCUGAAGCAUCCUUUGAAAGUUCAACACUGUUUGAGUGUCUGGAAAACUUUCGCAUACAGAAUGAGAGAGAUGCUCAAAUUGUUCUUAGAGUCACACAGAAACUUACUGACAUUCUAAUGGAAUACAGACUCCGAACAAUGUCUGACCCUUCUGCCAAUGAAUAUUUUUCUGACCAUGAGGAGUACCCCCCUUCGAGGAGGAGGAGGACUGAUGACGGCUUUAGAGGUUCAAGAUAUUCAGAUAAUCUGUCACCUAUUUCUGAUGUCCAGCAACGAUUUCGUGGAAGAGACAGCUGGGACUAAGCUUUUCAAAUUUAAAAGAUGAUGCAGUUCAGCUUAGUACUGCAAAGUAUUUCAUCAUUACAUAUUAAAGCAUCAAAGUUGUGUUUUGCAAUGCUUAUACCUGUAUAAAGUUUUCAUCACCUUGGAAGUUUUCACGUUUUAUUAUUAUACAACCUUUAAUGAAAGGGCAUUUGAUUUUACUUUUUUGACCUUGAUCACCAAAAAAAUAUUUAAUGUCAAAGUGAUCUAAAUUAUGCUCAAAUAUAAAACACACUAUGAAUUGCAUAGGUGUUUACCUACUUCAGUUAGUAGAUGCAACAAUUUCAGCUUUCAGCCUAUGUGCAUAGUUCUUUGUCAGCUUUGCACAUGUGGACACACUGCACUUUUCAGAACUGCUGAGGAUCUUUAGGUUGUAUAGAAAUUGUGAGUGAACAGCCUUUGUCAAGUCCAGCCACAACUUAUUUGGAAUGAAAUCGGGACUGUGACUUGGCCAUGCUUAAGUACAGGAGAAUGCAUAUGUCAGAAAGAAAAAAUCGGAUUUAUAACACCUGGUGUACACUUUAUAAAUCUCAAUUAUUUUGUAAUUGGGGAUAAAUGAAUGUGCCUUGAACUGUGCCCAGUUGCUGCCUGGAAGCAGUCAUAUAGGCACUAUACUAAUUAAACUCAUUCAAAUAAAGUGAACAGGCUUACCUCUAAGGUGAGACAAUAAUGACAAUCGAAGAGGGACAAAAAGCAAAAAAUUUGAAGACUGUGUGAUAGAAAGUCCUUAUCUUUGAAAUAGAGGCAUGCAAAGAGCCUCUACUUUGUAAAAAAGUGCAGAUAUGUUGAAUGGCAAUAUGCCACCAUCGCCAAUAAUUUAGUGAGCUCUAUUAGACUUACCAAAAAAAUGGUUUGACCUCAAAGUAGUGGGGAAGAUGUGGAUCGCUCAUCACCAUCAGAGUGUGAGUGCAACAGGAUCAGGAGGAAAAGCACACCAACGCUCCCUGAUUUCAGUCUGCAAAUGGAGAUGCCUUAUUAUGCAAUAUAAUGUUAGAGCAGUCUGCAGAUACAGAUGUGGCAGAUCAGACAGCUGCAGAGGAAUCCGUUAAACAGUGUAUGCCUGUGAGCAAAAUAACCAUGCUAGUGCAGUAUACUGCAUACAUUUGUCAGUAGAUGGGUAGAGAGCUGUGUCUUCUGGCUCCAUAUCAACAGUGCCGGGGCAUGACAAAAUUAUGAUGCUGUGUUGGUUUAUGUUGAACAAUGCAUGCUGAAAUCAUGAUGUUGCAGACCACCUUUGAGUGAUAGAGUAGUGUACCACCUGGUGCAUCCAGGCACCUCCACCUGCAUUUGAGGAGUCCUGUGGUGUGCUACACAACAGCAUACAUGGCUUUGUAGUGUUUUUAUGCUCAUGGCAUCAUGGAAAGGCAUAAGGAGCCAGAGUCUGAUUGGGGUAGCCUGUAUCAUUUGGCACAUGUAAUGACAUGAUGGCUGCUACAAUGAAUAGCACAGGCCAUAUAAAACAUUGCGGGUUUAGCUAGUUACCUUACCCACAAGUCAGCUCUCAGACAACUCAUCUUUUUCACAAAAUACAGGAUUAAUGGAAUGACUCGGGUAACUAACCCUUGACAUUUUUCAGUCUCAUCUUUGCAUUACAGGUGACUUGUACGUUACUGGAAGGUAACUUCUUUUAGCUAACAAAAGCGGCUCCAUUCAUGCUAGGUGCUCUAAUUGCAGUAUGAGUGCAUUCAUUUGUUUCAGUUACACUGCUGUAUAUUGCCUUUUUAUGCACACCCAACCCAAUGUGGAAACUGAAUGUAGUGUCUCAUUAUUAUUAUUAUAGAUGAGUUAUUGUUCCCAGCAAAAUUGCAUGAUGGAGUUGAAGCUUGGCCAAGACAUUCCUGCCCUGCCAGCCUGCUAUUAGGUUCCUGUUGCCAGAAAGCCAACCAUUGUUAUAACCUGCAUAGGAAUGGGUUUUUGCUGGUUUAAAGCUGUGUUUCUAAUACUGGGCCCAAUUUAGCACAUAGUUCCAAAAGAUUGGUUCUCAGGAAAACUAAAUCGGCUCAUAAGCCAGUCAUCAUCAUGGACCAAAAAAAAAAAAAAAAUUCCACCAGCCCCUAAAUACUCAUUCCCUUUGUGCAUGAUUUCUAAUC